GCCUGGGCAGAUGACACCGGUGCUGUAUUAUUUGCCUCCUUCGCCGCCGUGUCGAGCCGUCAUGCUGCUGGCGCGGAUGAUCGGCGUGGACCUCGAUUACAAGGUGCUGAACGUCAUGGAAGGUGAGCAGCUGAAGCCGGAGUUUGUGGAGUUGAAUCCCCAGCACACGGUUCCAACCUUGGACGACCAUGGGCUGGUACUGUGGGAAAGCCGCGUCAUUCUUUCCUACCUGGUCUCGGCAUACGGCAAGGACGAAAGCCUCUAUCCGAAAGAUUUCCGCUCGCGUGCCGUAGUGGACCAGCGGCUGCACUUUGACCUGGGCACCCUCUACCAGCGCGUCGUGGACUACUAUUUCCCCACCAUCAUGAUGGGCGCCCACCUGGACCAGACCAAGAAGGCCAAACUGGCGGAGGCGCUGGGGUGGUUCGACUCGAUGCUCAAACAGUACCAAUGGGCGGCGGCGAACCAUUUCACGAUAGCGGAUUUGACGCUGUGCGUGACCGUUUCCCAGAUAGAGGCGUUCGAGUUCGACCUGCACCCGUAUCCGCGGGUGCGAGCGUGGAUGGCCAAGUGCAAGGAGGAGCUGGAGCCACACGGUUAUAAGGACAUCAAUCAAACUGGUGCGGAGACGCUGGCAGGGCUGUUCAGGGCCAAACUCAAGCAAUACUGGUGCACUUCAGUGGUAGUAACUUCUAAUGUUCCACCUCUGCCGGACAACACCCAAGGCUCCAUCAAGAAGAUUUGCCUCGAUCCUAUGCGUGCUGGAAGAGACGUCAGAGAAACCAUGGAUUUCUACUAUCUGCCAGGAUCUGCCCCGUGCCGUGCCGUUCAGAUGGCCGCGGCCGCCGUUGGCGUGGAGCUGAAUCUCAAGCUCACCAAUCUGAUGGCCGGUGAGCAUCUGAAGCCGGAAUUCCUCAAGCUCAACCCCCAGCACUGCAUCCCAACCCUAGUCGAUAACGGUUUCGCGCUGUGGGAAUCCCGGGCCAUCAUCACCUACCUGGCCGAAAAGUACGGCAAGGACGACAAGCUGUACCCGAAGGAUCCCCAGAAGCGGGCCCUGGUCAACCAGCGGCUGUACUUCGACCAGGGUACGCUGUACCAGCGCUUCGGCGACAACUUCUACCCGCAGGUGUUUGCCAAGCAGCCCGCCAACCCGGAGAACGAGAAGAAAAUGUUCGAAGCGCUGGAGUUCUUGAACACAUUCCUCAAGGAUGCGAAGUACGUCGCCGGUGACGAUCUGACCAUUGCCGACCUUAGCAUCCUGGCGACGGUGUCGUCCCUCGAGGUGGCCAAGGUCGAUCUGUCCAAGUACCCCAAUGUGGCCAGCUGGUACGAGCGGCUACGGAAGGAAGCUCCCGGGGCAGCCAUCAACGAAGCCGGCUGCAAGGAGUUUGCUAAAUACUUUGGAUAACUGUUUUGAAUGUUGAUUGAGUUUGUGCAAUGUUGAGAAUAAAUUGAUAUGAAUUGUUGAGAUACUAAAA